AUGAGGCGCGACGCCCCGGGACCCCCCAGCACCGGCACCAGCACUCCGUAUACACCUGAAGGCCGCGGUGUAUAUUUUGCAGAAUUUGAUGAGUUGGGCGUUAUAAACAAAUUCGGGCAGUUUGGAUCCCUGGUGCUUCUAAAGGCUUAUGAAGGCACGCAAAAAGCUGCAGUCACGGGGUGUAUAGCCACCGACCCUCUAGGAAAUAAACACCAACUCGACAGCAGGAAGGAUACAUUAGGGCAUCUUACUUUUAUAUUCAAUGCAGAUAUACCCGGCCCUUACAAGAUCAACUUGUCUUUUGGAGGUGAUUGCUGCUCUGGCGGUCCCUCUACAGCCACAAGCUCUCCUUCGGGCGCAGUAAGACAGCUGUCUCCUGCUCAACCUCAGCAGCAGCAGCAGCAGCAGCAGCAGCAGCAGGAGCAGCAGCAAGAAUGGGGGCCCUGCAGCUACAUUAUUGUGCAGCCUGUUCUUACAUUAAAAGGCAAACCAAUUCCCGCUGAAGCCCUCACUGUACAGACAGCACUCUCCAGGUGUCUAGGCGGCAUCAAACGCUGGCGACGCAUGUUUGAGCACGUAAAAGAGAUGGGUUUUAAUAUGGUUCACUUAACCCCCCUUCAGACGGUGGGCGAAUCGGGAAGCUGCUACAGUCUCGCGAAUCAAUUAGAAAUUGAUCCUUUCUUCUUCCGCGAAGAGCCUGAAGAGAAGGCGGCAUCGUCGAGGCAGGGAGCAGCAGCAGCAGCAGCAGCAGCACCAGCAGCAGAAGAAGGUUAUAAAGCUGUUGGUGCUGCUGUCUCAAUGCUUGAGCAGGAGCUGGGAAUAUUGUCUGCAACAGAUUUAGUUCUUAACCACACUGCAAGCAACAGCCCCUGGCUCGCGGAUCACCCGGAAGCAGGCAACAGCCCGUGGCUGGUGGACCACCGAGAAUCAGGGUUUAGGGUUGAAACACGGUAUACACUGGAGAAUUCUGCUCACUUGCGUGCAGCAGUUGAAUUAGACAUAGCGCUGAGAGAGUUUUCUUUGAGAUUACAUCGUAAAGAAUUGUGCAGCAACUUUGGGUGUACAGACAGCAUAAAUAAUGAAGAAGACCUUCAAAGGGCGUUGCGGGAGUGCGGGAAGGCGCGUCGCGUUGGUGUUUCAGUUAGCAUAGAUUUGCUGCUGCAGCUGUAUCCCUCAUUAGAAUUUGCUGCUGAGCUGCAGCAAGCUCUGAGAGCAACAAAAGAGCAGCUAGUAGCAGCAGCAGCAGAAUGUGAAGCUGCUGCUGCUGCUGCUAUUGAAGGCCUAGUACGUUAUGAACGGCUGCAAUGCAAGCGAGGCCCUAUCACACCUACAAACCCUCUCGUUCCUCCUUACUUUACUCUGAUACCCCGCAACCGCAGCAGCAGCAGCAGCAGCAGCAGCAGCAGCAGCAGCAGCAGCAGCAGCAGCAGUGAAGAUUAUAUUGCAUUUGCUAAUAAUGGUUGGGUUAUGAACUGGGAUGCAACCAAAGACUUCGCAGCCCCCGGAUCUCUUGUGUAUUUAAAGAGACAGCUUGUUGUUUGGUCUGACUGCGUCAAGCUCAGGUACGGGUCUUGCCCUGAAGAGUCUCCUUUCUUGUGGGAGAUGAUGGGCAAGUACUGCAGAUACACCGCAGAAGUAUUUCCAGCAGUUCGCCUCGACAACUGCCACUCUACUCCUAUUCACGUGGCCGAGCACAUGCUACGUGAAUGCCGUCGUGUACGUCCAGACAUUUGGGUAGAAGCACUUCAAACAUAUACACCGCAUGAUUUGCUGCUGCAGCUGCAGCAGUUUGGCGGGAUGCAUGCAGUGGGGGCUCUAGACCCUAGGCCUUCAUUGCUUCAGCUCCCAGGAGCAGCAGGUGCUGCAAUUGCUGCUCUUGGUGUUGAUGAACGAGGAGGAGCAGCAGCAGCUGCUGCUGCUGCACCUCCUUCUUCUCCUCCUGCAGGUGCAGCAGCAGCAGCAGCAGCAGCAGCAGCAGCAACAGCAGCAGCACCAGGGACAGUUUUGCUGCCGCUUCCUGUUUGUAUUUGCCCUGCUCUAUUUUACGAUUGUACACACGACAAUGAGCCUGCAGCUUCGAAGUUUACACCUGCAGCAACACUUGCAUUUGCUGCUGCUGCUGCUGCUGUUGCUGCUGCAUGCGGCAGCACCCGAGGCACCGAUGAGCUCGUACCUAAGACCCUCUCUGUUGUUUCUGAGAGAAGAUUAUAUAAAGACUAUCAUGCUGAAAUACCUAUUAGAGACCCAACAACAGCAGCAGCAGCAGCAGCAGGAGCUGCAGCAGGAGGAGGGAGAGGGAAACACGGCGCAGCAGCAGCAACAGCAGCAGCAGCAGCAGAACCACCACCACCAGAAGCAGCAGCAGCAGCAGCAGAUGAAGGCGUUGAAGUGUCUUGGAGAGAAGCAGCAAAUAAUGUUGUUAUUAGAGGGAGUCUUCCGGGUUUGUUAGGGGUUCGGCCUUUAUUGAAUAAGCUGCAUAUAGAACUGAGCGGGAGAAUAGAAGAGGUUCCUAUCAUAGCAUCUUUCUGUGGGGGUCGUGAGGCGAUAUAUUCAUUUAAAGAGUUAAAAGAUAUAAUAAACGGUGUUGAGGGUUGUUCGUAUGUGCACAGCAGCAUAUCCGAUAUAGCGAGGUGUACAUACAGCUCAGAAGAAGGUGUGACAUCUUUAUCUUUACAUUCAUUUGCCCCCGGAUCUAUUGCUGUAAUCUUUACGGGGUUAGAGGACAGAUUGCUGCUGCAGCAGCUGCAGCAGCAGCUACGUGAGACAAUAAUGCGAGCUCCUUCAUUGCUAUCAGCAGCAGAAGCAGCUGAUAUUAAUCAUCUUCUCUUUAGAUGCGACGCAGAAGAAAGAGAUAUUUCUUCAGGCUCACGGGGUGUAUAUGCAUUACCCUCUCAAGGCCCUCUAGUGUAUGCUGGCUUAGCCGGAGCUUGUGCUGCUCUUGAUGCAGCAAGGAAGCUGCAGCAGCGAGAGCAGCAGCAAGCACCAAUCUGCGAGAAUCUGUCAGAGGGUUUGUGGCUGCUGCAGUAUGCAGCAGAGAGGCUUACAGAUAUACCUACGUUGCUGCCGCUGCAGCAGCAGCUGCAGCAAACAUACAAUCUGCUGCAGCGGCUCAAAGGAUAUAACUCGCUUAGACCCUAUAUUAUUGAUAGGCUAUUCAGUGGGGUGUAUGCGCAGGUAGGGGUUUUAAUACUUUCUCGUAUUCCUGCUGCAUCAGGCUUGCUGUCUGACAAAGCUGCUGCUGCUGUUGCUGCGCGUACAAUUGCUUCUGCUGCUUCUACUUCUGCUGCUCCUACUGCAGCAGCAGCAGCUGCAGCAGCAACAGCAGACCCCUUGCUGCUGCACCUAGCUCUUGCAACGCUACAGUUCUAUGCUUAUGUUCCUUCUGCCCCACUCAUCUGGGGAUCGCACGAUCCCAGCCUUGCUGCCGGUCUCCCGCACUUCGCGACUUCUUUCAUGCGCAACUGGGGACGAGACACAUUCAUUGCAAUCAAAGGCAAUCUCAUCUCCACAGGGUAA